UCGUUUUGCGACUGUCAUUGCUGACGUGUGCUACCAUAAAAUACCAAUAUUCGCUGACAGGGAAACGAAGAUUGUCACAUUCCGUCAGUGGGUGAGGUACUGCAGUGGAUACAUCAAGCAACAUGACGGUUUACGACGACAAUUUUCGGGUUUUUGCUUAUUGGUCGUCAAUACUGGUGCUGAAGGUGCUGGGGAUGGUGUUCGUGAUAGGGAGAUGGCGUUGGGAAAAGAAGAUAGUGAUAACUCCAGAAGACGUUAAGCUUUUUAAGGGCUGGAGAGUUGGUGAAAAUGACCCUGACGUGGAGAGAGCGCGCAGGGCUCAUCGCAAUGAUCUUGAGAAUAUUCUCCCCUGGGCAAUUUCAACGGCUUUCUGGCUUACCACCUCACCAGAUCCUUGGUUGGCUGCCUUGCUGAUCAAGACAUUUGCGAUCUCACGCAUCGUGCAUUCCAUUGUUUAUGCAAUCGUUGUUAUUCCUCAGCCUGCGAGAGUUCUUGCGUUCGGAAUUGGAUUUUUAAUAACUAUUUAUCAAUGCGUGAUGACAAUGCUCUAUUACGGAUGAUAUCAAGGGAAAUCUGUUUUUUUCAAUAUAAAUUCCUUUAGAGAUGUCUUUAAUGAAGGUUCCUUGAGUACUUUUUGUUCACUGAUAUUGUUGUGCUAAUGUUCGUUUGCUAUUGUUGUGCCUAAUGUUCGUUUAAAAUGGAGUAUUUAUAAUUUAAUUCAAAUUUAUGGAGAAACCCAGGGAUUCUUAAUUUUAAACCAUUUGUAAAUAAUAUUUUUGCGUUGGAUCGGCGAAGCCAAGGGAAAUUGCGAUAUUUUUGUUGAAAUCUUUUUUAGAAUAAAAAAAAAUACCGAAAAAAAAACCGAAAA